UUUGGGCUGGGCCUUGACAAGGUGGUUUGCAGCCCAAGCCUAGUUGUCAAGCAAACCAGCAAGGCAACUACCUUAUGCGUGCAACAGCGGAAACCGAGUCUGCUCCUGGAUCUCUUUAGACUCGGGAGUCGGGACUAUAAGUUUUUUGUACCCGAAAAGCUGAUAGGAUUGUCUACUCAGACAAAAAACCAUUUGUCAAUUUGCCUUCUUUCACCGUUAGCUUCAAUUAUGUGUUUAUUGGCAACAUUUGGCAGCUCUUUUCAAUGGUGACGAAGUGUGGAAUUUGAGUCAUUCAUGGCGUGUAUGAAGCUGGGAUCCAAAUCCGAAGUGUUUCACCUUGAUGGCCAAACCUGGCUUUGCUCUACUGGACUUCCCAUUGAUGUCAUUGUUGAAGUUGGAGAUAUGUCAUUCCAUCUCCACAAGGCUCAUCCAUGGCUGACGGACUCUGGAAGGGAAUAAAUCUGCAGGCUCAUGAACUGCCAAAAGCUCUCAUUGGAUUAUUGUCCAAGUUUUAUUCUUCGAACAACUAUGGCUACGAACAUCUAUUGCUGGUUCGUUUUUUGUCUCUGAUAAGCUCAACAAUUCCCAAAAUGCAAGUGGGAAUCUUGCACUCUCUAGUCUCUAGAACUGAAAUGCCCGGCCAAGCUAGAACCAUGCAAGAGCAUGUCGUAGCAAUCGAUGACAUGAGGGAAUGAGUCUUGGAACUUGAGAAAAAAUCCUUGACUAUAAAGCAAGAGAUUGAGAAGCUGGAUAAAACAAAAGGGAGUUGGAAUUUAUUCCCAAAAAAUGUUUUUCAGAUCAAAGUCAAAGUCUUGUGAUUCAAAAGCUUCAAAACCCUGCAAUGGAAAGUUACCGCCAGCAUCCACAACACCAUUCAUGAAUGGGAGAGAAAAUGUUAAGGGUGAACCAGGGGAUUGAAUUUUGAAACUCUGAAGAAGAAAUUUUUAUUGCUGUAAUAUUUUUCUUCUGGAAAAGUUAGGGCUGUGGACAAUUAUAGCAACUAAUGGAUUUCAGUGUUAGUGAUCAAAUGGAGGGUUUGGACUCAAACGAUGAACAACAAUCUCAAGAAGCAUAUGGUGAUGAGACUGGCCUUGCGAUGAACUCAAUGAAGAAGGCUCGACAAGGCCACAGAAAGAUGGAUGAAAUGCUUGAUCAUGAUGUGCAGCUAGAGAAAGGAAUGAAAUCUCUCAAAGUUCAUAGGGCCAUCACUGGUUCAGUAAGGAUCAAGGAUGCUGGAUUUGAAGGUUCAUUGGAGAGGUCUUCAAUGAAGCAAAAGGUUUCUACCAAUUCUGAAAAAGGGAACCGAUCGAGACCUAUAUUCACUGCCGAGCCUACAGGCUCUUUGAAGUUGGAGACAGAUUUGGGGUUAAAGUGUGAUGAGCAGCUUGGGUGUUUCACAUGCCACAAAUGUGGACAGUUUAUUUCUUGGGACGACAAUGUCUACAUGUACAUGGACUGUGCAUUUUGCAGCACAAAGUGUAGAGGUGCUCCAUGGGAUUUUGAUCGUGCAAAAAGGAAGUAAACACAAUGAAGAGGAGAUUCUUGAGUUGCAAUAAAUUUGAAACAUUUUUUUCUUUCCCUAAAAAGGGUUGAGGUUAUCUGCCUUGGAUUAUUAAUUUUCAGUAGAUAAUAAUUUAUUGGGCAAUUAUUGCUCGAAAUAAUAUCCUCCUACAUGGGUGUGUAGAGGACUCCAUUGAGUAAUAUUAUCAUUUUCAUUUAGUUUGUUUAA